AUGGGCGGGGCCAAGGACCGCGCGCUCCGCGCCCUGGUCGCGGUCGCCCUUGGCUGGGCCGCAACAGUCGGCUCAGGCGUGCGCGAGGAGGUCCUCUCUCGGCAGCUCCGGAGGCCCGACGAGUACCCGGCCUGCUCCGACCUGCUGGCCGCCGCGGGGAUCGGGCUAGGUUUGACGGUCGCCCAGCUGCUGUUCCGGCCCGUUUUCUCGCUUGUCGCACAGGCGAUGAUCGUCAAGAAGGAGAGAUGGUCUCACGCCAUGUACGGGGCUAGAGUGCUCCGGUGCUGCGAUGCUGUCUUCAAGUUCUUCUACUAUGCGGCGAUGGCCACCUGGGGGGCCUCACUGCUCAAGGACCAGCCCUGGGCCCCGUGGGUGCUGGGCGGGCGUGGGGAGACGCGCUUCUGCUGGACGGGCAGCUUCCCCUUCCAGGAGGUCCCCGAAGACCUGAGGCGCUUCUACCUUACAGCAGUCGGCUAUUCGUUCAGCGAGAUCGCCAUGCUGCUCCUUGACAGGCGGCUGCCUGAUUUCUGGGAGAUGCUGCUGCACCACACGAUAUCUUGCUACCUCGUCACGUUCUCUUACCUGCUGAACUACGUGCGGGUCGGCAGCCUUGUGAUAGUGCUGCACGGGACCACAGACGUGCUCAUCUACGCGUCGAAGGCCAUCGUCGACACGAAUUGGAACCACUUGAUAGCCGUGUCCUAUUUCGGGCUCAUCACAGCCUUCGUGUGGUUGAGGAUCUAUGUCUUUCCCGUCUACCUCAUGCGUAGCGCAUGGGUCGAGAGCAUCGCCGAGGCGGGGCCCGGAGGCAUUUACGGCUGGGGCUUCCUCAAUUUUGCGCUUUGUGUUUUGUUUCUCUUGCACAUGUAUUGGCUUGGUCUGAUAGUCAAGAGUGGCCUGAUGUUUAAGAGAACCGGACAAGCGCGAGACCUCCAGUCCAACCUGUCUUCCAUGGACAUCAAGAUGGAGGAUGCAGGCGUCAAGAAGGCGAUGUGA